AUGUCUGAAGCCAAGACCCUGACGUGCCCUUGCCUCGUGCUUUCCAUGCUCUUUUGGUGCUGGGCUUUGCUCCAGCCGGGCCAGGCUUUUCCCAGCACCUCCGACUACCUGCAGCGGGGCUGGCAGCGGCUGCUGGAGGAAGGGGAGGACUGUGGUGAGUGCCGGCCGGAGGAGUGCCCGGUGCCGCGCGGGUGCCUGGCCGGGACGGUGCGGGACGCCUGCGACUGCUGCUGGGAGUGCGCCAACCUGGAGGGGCAGAUCUGUGACCUGGACAACACCAACCACUUCUACGGCAAGUGCGGCGAGCACCUGGAGUGCCGGCUGGACGCCGGGGACCUGCGGCGCGGAGAGGUGCCCGAGCCCCGCCCCGACGCCACCCUCACGGUGGCUCAGGAGGGGCGCUGCGAGUCAGAGCCUCAGAUCACCUCUCCUCCCUACGAUGCCUGGAAUGUCACUGGGCAGGAUGUCAUCUUUGGCUGCGAGGUCUUCGCCUACCCCAUGGCGUCCAUCGAGUGGAGGAAGGAUGGCACCGAGAUGCUGCUGCCAGGAGAUGACCCCCACAUCUCUGUGCAGUUCAGGGGAGGCCCCCAGAAAUACGAAGUGACCGGCUGGCUGCAGAUCCAGGACGUGCGCGUGACGGACGAGGGCACCUACCGCUGCUUCGCCAGGAACAAGGUCGGGGAGGUGGUGGCCUUAGCCAGCCUCACUGUCCUCACGCCAGACCAGCUCAACCUGACGGGCUUUUCGCUGCCGAAGCUCCGUGCGACGCCUGAGGACUACGGGGAGAGCGAGGAGGACUAUUACUAA